AUGUUAGUGUUUGUAGUAUUUUUAAUUUUUGUGUUUAAUGGAAACGUAAUAUCCCUUCAGCCUCAGGACAAUGAGAUCAUAUUGUGUCGUCAUUGUGGAAACAGUAUUUUAAAUUCGUACGCUAUUGAGAACAAGAGGAGUCCUGCUGCGUUAUACGCUGUCAAUGACACGUUGUAUAGUAGAGAAAAUGUACUGCUGCAAGUUUUAAAAAAAGAUAUUAUUUUUAAGUUCCCUGUUAUUACCUCAGACUAUUCAAAUUGUAUAACAUUUGAUGAGUGGGAAGAAGAGCAGUUGUGGUUUCCUGGAUAUUGUUGGAAGCCUUGUUUGUGUCCCGAAUGUGGAGUAUUGAUAGGGCCAGAAAUUUUUAGAUUCACAAAUAAAAUAUCCAUUACCCCAGUAAUGUCUACAGAACUGUCAGAGAAAGAUAAAGCAUUUCUAGAAAGUUGUGAAGAAGAAUUCAAAGAUAGAUAUACUGAAAAAGAUGAAGAAUUCAUGAAAGUCUAUAAUGCGGAACCUUCUACACCUCCUAUAGUAGAAAACUGGUGGGUUUUCAAAAAUUCAAAUAGAAGAUUUGAUAAUCGUCACAACAGGAGAUUCCAUGAAUACAAAAGAGGCACAUCUGACCAAGAACAAAGAGAUAGGAGGAGAGACGACAAUAGAGGUUACUCUCGGGGUUACAAUGACUAUGAACAGCGUGACAGUGACAGAAACAGAUUUAGAAGAUUCUAA